CACUGAGAGCAUUUUCACGCGGCCAAGCGCCGUCACGAUCCCACCCAUUGCCCAAACCAACUCCCUCAGCGCCGCACCCCGCUACACCACGCCCUCAUGCUGCGGACAUCGCUGAGAUCCGUGAGGGGGGCCGGCGGCAGGUCCUUCGCGGCCGCCGCCAGCCGUCAAUGGCAGCUUGGAGUUGCCGCCCCUGCUCGGGUUACCGUCAAGAGGUUCUUUGCCGAUAAGAAAACACCCGAGCCCGCCGUCAUCCCACCCAGCGAGACCAGGACAGCAGCUGCCAGCCAGGCACCCCCGCCUACAUCGCAAGUCCGGGUCGAGGCCUCGCAAAUACAGCCAGAGAAUGUACCUCUUACACCUCCUGCAGCUCCCGCGGCCCCUCCCAAGAAGAAGAAGGGCUUCUUCCGCCGCCUGCGCAACUAUAUACUCACCAUGACGUUCCUGGGCGCCCUGGCCUUUGGCGGUGGCGUCUGGUACUCGCGCAUCAACGACAGCUUCCACGACUUCUUCACUGCUUACGUACCGUACGGUGAGCAGGCCGUGCUCUAUCUCGAGGAGAUGGACUUUCGCAAACGCUUUCCCCGCAUAGCCCAGCGUGAGGCUUCCAGCAACCCCAGGGACUCGGAUGCCAGCGUCCGCAUUCCCGCCCAGAGCGGUGCGUCAUGGCGUGUUGCCGAUACCGAGCCACCCGUGAAGCGCGAGUCCAGCGCAGUCAAGACGGAGGGGGCCAAGCAGGCAGCCAAGGCCAAGGCCCCUCCCAAGGAGUAUCCAGCACCCGAGGUGAAGCAGCCGGCUCCUGCCAAGAAGCCGACAGCCUCGCCCAAGGCCAAGGCUUCUCAAGUCGCUGCUCCUGCGCCUGCUGCUGCGCCUGCUGCUGCCGCAUUCACUCCGCCCGAGGUUGAUGAGCCCUCUCGCUGGCCGCCAGCCUCGCCCAUCGACCCGCUUGCGGUUAACGAUGCGAACGAGCCCGUGGUGCAGGAUCUGGUCAAGCUCCUCAACGACAUCAUCACCGUCGUUAACGCCGACGGUGCCAAUGCGCGCUACGGACCCACGAUCGGAAAGGCCAAGCAGGCCGCCGAGCAGCUCGGCGGCAAGAUCCGCGAAAUGAAGAAGGUGGCACAGGACGAGGCGGCCGUCACAGUCAAAGAGCAGAUCGACAAGCUCGAGACCCACGCGGCGGAUCUUAUUUCGCGCAUUGAGGGGCACAUGACUGCGCAGGAGUCCCGGUGGCGUGAGGAAUUCGAGGCCGAGAUGGCCCGGGCUCAGGAAAUAUUCGACGCUCGGCUCAAGACCAUGACGGAGCGAGAGAGGGAGGUUGCCGAGGCCAAGAUGCAAAACAGGCUUCUCGAGCAGGCUCUUGAGCUGCAGCGCCAGUUCAAGGAGGAAGUCAAACAGCGCGUCGAAACGGAGCGCGAGGGCCGUCUCGGCCAGCUUGAGAGUCUUAGCACCGCGGUCAGCGAGCUCGAUCAGCUCACCUCGAGCCUGGACGAGGUCGUAGACGUGACCAAGAAGACGCAGCAGCUCAACGUUGCCGUUGAUGCGGUCAGGGCCAGCCUCGAGGCAUCCUCUACGGGGCCUGCGGCGCCUCCUCGCCCCUUCAUCCGUGAGCUGGCGGCACUCAAGGAGAUCGCGCGGGGCGACGACGUGGUAGAUGCAGCCAUCGCGAGCAUCCACCCCUCGGCGUACCAACGGGGAAUCCCGAGCACUGCAGAGCUGAUUGACCGGUUCCGGCGCGUGGCGACCGAGGUGCGCAAGGCGGCCCUGCUGCCAAACGACGCCGGAGUGGCUUCUCACGCGUCCUCGUACGUGCUGAGCAAGGUCUUGUUCACCAAGCAGCCUGGCCCUGCCGCAGAAGCAGGCGGCGACGACGUCGAGAGCGUCCUUACGCGCGCACAAACCUACCUGGAGCAGGGCGAGCUGGAUGCUGCAGCCCGCGAGGUCAACGGCCUAAAGGGCUGGGCCAAGACGCUCAGCCGGGACUGGCUUGCAGAGGUCAGGAAGGUGCUGGAGGUCCGGCAGGCUCUCGACGUCAUCCAAACCGAGGCGAGACUUCGGAUCCUCAAGGUGGAAUAAAGUCUCACUCGACGGCAGCCCUCACAGCAGCCUGCCACAAAGAUGCCCCCGGGCCCUCCUACGUUGGCUCCAGGUUCAAAAUUCCCUUGGUCGUUUCUCGUCCAGCAUGUGUAUACGUAUACUUUAAGCCCGUCUUCGUUGUUUUGCAGAGGUGCCCACGAAAAGAAGACCGAAUUCUGGACUGCGUUUCUUUCUGUUCUUUAUUAUUCCUGGACGGACGCCCUUAUCAUGAUCCUCUUACCCCCUCAGGAACCGAGAGGCAUGCGGCCCUGGGUCCUGUCCAGCGUGUACGAGGAUGGAGCGGUGAGGUAGAAAGGAAAAAGAAUAAUAGACCAUGAACUAGACGCAGACAGGACGGUACAUGGACUUCUCCCCCCUGACCAGGCUGCCACACUGUACGACCAGUUCAUCACA